UGCCAUUGACAAACACCCUAAUCCAAGAAAUGCCAUCGACGAACGCGACUUCCAGCAAAUGCCAUCGUACGAGCCAUUUUGUCCCAAAAAUGCCAUCGCCGUCACUUUCACUCUGUUAGACACCGUUAAUUUUGUCAAAAUGACCAAAUUACCCUCCUCAACAAAGGAUAAAUCCCCUUCUCUUCCAUCCCAUCGCCGGCCACUAUUCCUCCCCUCCACUUCAAUCGCCAGCUCCCGAUGGGCGACAGCGGCAAGGCGACGCUCCCAGGCGGUGGCACAUCAGUUCCAGGCGUCGACGCGACGGGCGGCGAGGAGGUGGCAGGCGGUGGCGCGGGGCUCCCAGGCGGCGGCGCGGUGGUCCCAGGCGGCGCCUGUGGCAGCGGUCCCAGGCGUCGACGUGACGGGCGGCGAGGAGGUGGAAGGCAGCGGAGCGUCGGUCCCAGGCGGCGGCGCGUCGGCAGCAGGCGUCCGCGCGGUGGUCCCAGGCGUUGACGCGACGGGCGGCGAGGAGGUGGCAUGCGGCGGCGCGGUGGUCCCAGGCGGCGGCGCGUCGGCCGCAGGCACGGUGGUCCCAGGCGACGGCGCCUCGGCAGCAGGCAUCCGCACGACGGUCCCAGGCAUCGACUCAUUGGGGGAGGUUGGCCGGUGAUGGCGAAGCUGCUCUUCUUCUGCUGCCGCGCGGCCGCCGCCGUGCCGGGCCACUUUGCGAGCACGCGGUCGGGCGGCCGCCCGUGCUCCGUCGAUGUCGUCUUCACUACGAAUAGCUGUCAACACGCCGUCGCUGGCGCAGUGUACGACGACAUCGUGGGCGCGUACCGCGGGUUCAUGCCGUCGCGGACGCGCGCGUUCCUCGUCAUCCACCAUGGCCCGCUCGAGCCGCACGUCCGCUGCCCCUACUGCGGCGCCCACGUCUGGAGCAUGACCGCCGCGGGGCUCGCCCGCCUCUCCUCCUCUUCCUCCAGCGACGGCGAGCGAAGCGCCGACUCCGACUCCAACCACAGCGACGACGAGUCAUUCGCCGCCGCUGACGUGAGCCUCCCACUUCCUCUGGCUAGCCGCGUGUCAGGCCGGCGCCUUCGAGGCAGGCCGGCCAUGUGACGCAUCAAGCAUUAGCGGUAGUUUUUUUUUUACCGGUGGAUUGGGAUAGUAUUAUUUGGAGUGAGGGCAAUUUAGUCAUUCUUGUAAAAUGUUUUGUU